AGCAAAACAGAAGAACAAACGAAAGCAGUCGGCACACCCGGAAAUGUGUUUUGUUAUGGUCCUGUAGAGCGGGAAGCACGAUCGCAUAGACGGCAUGAUGGCAUCCAAAGGGCAAGACAUCACCCAGUGCAACAUCUCGCCGGUUCUCUUCAUGACUGUGGAAGGAGAGCCCAUGUCCUUCUAUUUGCGCCCGGGUCCCAUCAAGAAAGAGCUCCAGCCUCUCAUCACAGCUGGGGGAGGCACCAUGUGCAAUGUCCAGAAGCCUGGAUCCAUUUUGCUUAUUGACCCUGAAGAAAAAGGUGCUGUUAAUGAGGGCACAGCACAUCGGUACGUGUCUAUGCAGUAUAUCCAUGACUGCGUGGAAAAAGAUGAGCAGCUGAACCUCGACGACUACAGAAUGAAAGCCGGAACAGGCCCAAACCAUUCUCCAAAAUUUAACGAGGGCAACAGGAUGUCUCCCGGCAAUUCAGGAGGCAGGCAGGCGUACAACCCCAGCGAAGACGCCGCUAUUCUGAAAUACGUCCACCUCCGAAAGUCAGAAGUUAAAGGCAACCGUCUCUGGCAGCAGAUGGAAAAAGAGCGCGUGACCACUCACAGUUGGCAGUCAAUGAAAGCCCGUUACAAAGAUCACCUGGUUCACAAACACACCGAAGACGUCGGGGUGGAAGAAGCAGCCGGGGAAGACGCGCAGGACAACGAAAAAGCUGAAGCGACAGACAGGCUCAACUUUGAAGACGAAGCUGCUGUUCCUCAGGUGGACUCGAAGCCAAAAGACCCUCCAUCGCCUAACUCUGGUGAUGGUCAAACACAGAUUGACCUGCUCCCUGUCGCUGAAAAAGGAUCUUCGGGUGAUGCCGAAGCUCAAACGUCCAACCCUCUCCAGCAGGAGGAGGAGAUCUUUACCCCGCCACAGGAUGAAAUUGAACCAGCGAUGAUUGCUGAAUCCGAAAUGUGUGACUCCUUGGAGUCUGAGGAGAGCACCAAACCAGAAACAGACCAGCCACCCGCAAACACCUCGCCUCAGAGUGAAAAAGCACCCGAAAGCACAGAACAAGCCCAAAAAGAGCCCCAUAGCGAGGACUUGACAAGUGAUGAUGACGUGCAACCUUUGUGUGUGCGUCGCCGCUCAGUGCGUCGCUCAGUGCGCAAACGGUUAGAAGAGUCUGAGGAAGAGGAAGCAACGUACACCAGAAAGCUCCCCUCGUUAACAUCCUCAUCGUCAUCAAAAACUUCAGUCAGGCAACUGCCGUCCUCCCCUCCUACUCCCAUCAGAACCAGGUCAGCCUCGUCUUCCCUUCCAGAAGAGGCCGGAGAGCAUGAGCCGCCUCCCAAGAGAGCAAAAGGAGAGACCGAAGCUGCCGAGGAGUUCGAAACAGCCGCAGAAAAUGAAGAAGCAGAGAUUCGACAAGAGGAUGCCGUGCAGUCUGCUGCCGCACCCCAAGCAGGUCCAGCUCAUGUCAACAAGCCGAAUGUGUCUGAGCCACCGCGAGCCGAGAGGAAGAAGAAGAAGAAGAGCAGGAGGAAGCUGGGAAUAAUUGAGAGGGCCGCCAAGGAGUUUUUGAGCAGCUCCAGCUCCACUUCUAUCUCCAGCGACAGCGACAGUGACAGUGAGCACUGGGAUGAUCCACUUGGGCCAAGAAGAAUCACCAGUCCUCUCACCAUCCCUCAGUCUGUUGAGGGUAUGUUCGAAACGGCGUCCGAGACUCCCCUGGUGGAACCAUUGGCCUCCGUGGCCGUUUCUCCAGCCCAGGCCGAUCCGCGCCUUCCUGAACACCAACCCGGCGAAUGGAAGACCCCGCCAGAGGGCCGUCUGUCUCCGCGACCCAGCAGCGCUCUCGGGGUGGCAUCCAAAGCCCGAGUUGGUGGCAAGUCCCUGGAAAAAGACGUCAUCCCUCCAGAGCGUGUCCAAUUUGAGGAGGACAAGCGGUGUAUCAGAGAACUGAUGAAGCAGACAAACCAGGAUUUGGUGUCCGUGGUUAAAGCCUUGCUGAUGACCAGCGGUGACCUCUCCGCCGCCUCGCGCCUGCUUUCUGAUCCUAUGUCCUUCUGCGGACCGCUUUGGGACCGGCAAGAUGACCGCUUACUGCUGUCGGACGACUCUGCCGCCCUGCAGCGGCUACAGAGGAAACACGGUGAAGCUGCCGUGGCCAAGCGGAUCAUGUUCCUCAAGGUAGAGCGGUGAAAGUGGGAAAUGUUCCUGUUUUUGUUUGGGUUUAUUUAUUUAUUUUUUUUGCAUUCCUGGUAGAUAGAUAGAUGCUUUUAGCUCAAUGCUCUAAUCUGUCUGGCGUUUUACCCAGAAUUGUUGACCGUUUUAAAGCGGUUUUCAUUACCGGUAAGCUAUACCUGUAUAUUAAAUCAUUAAAUACUCUUCUUCAAACCAUAACUUCGCACUACUCUUAUCUCUUUAACAUGGUGGAUAAUUUUUAAUCAUUCAAAGCUGGGGCGCGGGUACACCAUUACCACAAAUGCCACUAGGUGACCAUAUGCUUAGCAAACACAUUCCUGUUCCCUCUCCAUGUCUUCAAAGGAGUUAGUAAUGAAGAAAAUAAAGCUUCACAUUUGCUUCAUGAACCAAUUGUUAUAUUUUUUCACUUGUCACAAAGGGCAAAUGACAAGUCAAUGUACUUUCACACUAAUGUUGAGCAGAGAGUGUCAUCUCGAGGAGUCAAAAAAAUACAACUGGUACAUGAAGCAAAUUGGAAAGUAAAUUUUCUGCCACUAGGCGGAGUAGUUUUAGAUUACUUUUAUUGUAUUUUAGAACAGCAGUUUUGUGUUGUAUGACAGUCAGGAAUAUGAGAAUGUUCAUUAAAACAUCAACUGUACAGUUCAAGAUUUUUAGGUAAUUCAUUCAAUGUUUCCGAUGAGGAAGCUAUUUUGAUGCGGCUUUCAGUAUUCACACAAUAAGACAAGAGUUCAAGAAUUUUACCCCCUCACUGUUUAUUCCGCUUACAUUGACUACAUUCAUUAUUUCUGCCCCAGACCCACAAGAAUAUGUUAAUACUCCUUUUAAUAAAGAAGGGGAAAAAAGCAACAAAAAAAUACACAUGGAUGGAAACAAACUUAAACACCGAGAUGUUCCCUCACAAGGCCAAUAAUGCAACUUUUACCACCUCCUGCAUCAUAGAGGUCAUUCAAAGGAGAUACUACUUAAAAACAAGCUGAUGGGCACACACACUAACAACCAUUUUUAAAAAGUCUAGUAUAAAAAACAUUUUUUAGUAUGAAAUAUUCACAUCCUUGCACGUCGUUAACGCAAGCACUCAUCCCUGCUUUUGAACGUUUAACAGUGACACGUUUACACAGCUUUGAUGCGAAACUCCAUGAAGCAACAGCCUUUUGAAAGAGGCUGAUUUUCAAUUGAACAUAGAAAACAAAAUAAAAUGCAUCAGAUUUAUAACAUGUUCACAUACAUGAAUAAAUCAACAUAUACAAUAAGUAUAUGAUAUACAGUGUAUGUCCUCCAAGUGAUGCACACUCCAGUUUCCACAUAAUCCAUGGUAGUUAUCUUCAUAGGUGACUUACAUUUUGUCAAAUUAUGGUAAAAGUACGGUAAAUGAAUACAAUAAAAAUGUUGCAAAUCUGUGAUAAGCAUCGAUGCCAUUUUGAUUAAAACAGCACAAGUUUCUAAAAUAGGCUACCAAAAAAUAAUCCUUUCCCCCAACACAAACACGCUGGGAAAAA